ACUGCAUCGUCUGGUGGUGAUCAAACGUUUGAAGUGCUGCACUUCUCGUGGUAUAACCGCCACUGCACACAGGGCAACACGGCCCCUAGCAAUGUGCCUCCAGCAAUGCUAACACGACCCAACGGUCUCAAAAUAAACUACGGUCAAAUGUUGCCUUACAUGUCCAAGGAUAUGGCUGCGCACGAAGACAUCUAUCGCUCACUGCGAAACGUGCUCGGUGACGUCUUCGAGUGGCUCGACAACAAGCUAGCUACGAUGUUCCCAAACUUCUACACCAGACUAGAGGAGUUCGUGGAGAUAUUACCAGGCAACACCAUGCCGCUCUCGGCUCCCUUCCUGGGUCUUGUGAUCAAUUUGAACGUUGUCACACAAGCUCACCGAGACAACAAAGACUACGACAUGUGUCUAGUGCUGGCGGUGGGAGAUUUUGUUGGAGGAGAGCUA